AUGGGUUCCAGAGAGGGCCGCAGCCAUCCCUCCGGACCAACCCCCUCUCCGGACCAGCCAUCCCUCUGGACCAACCCCCUCUCCGGACCAGCCAUCCCUCCGGACCAACCCCCUCUCCGGACCAGCCAUCCCUCCGGACCAACCCCCUCUCCGGACCAGCCAUCCCUCCGGACCAACCCCCUCUCCGGACCAGCCAUCCCUCCGGACCAACCCCCUCUCCGGACCAGCCAUCCCUCUGGACCAACCCCCUCUCCGGACGAGCCAUCCAUCCGGACCAGCCAUCCCUCCGGACCAACCCCCUCUCCGGACCAGCCAUCCCUCCGGACCAACCCCCUCUCCGGACCAACCCCCUCUCCGGACCAGCCAUACCUCCGGACCAGCCAUCCCUCCGGACCAACCCCCUCUCUGGACCAGCCAUCCCUCCGGACCAACCCCAUCUCCGGACCAGCCACCCCUCCGGGCCAGCCACCCCUCCGGAUCAGCCACCCCUCCGGACCAACCCCCUCUUCGGACCAGCCAUCCCUCCGGACCAGCCACCUCUCCGGACCAGCCACCCCUCCAGGCCAGCCACCCCUCCGGACCAACCCCCUCUCCGGACCAGCCAUCCCUCCGGACCAACACCCCAUCCUCACGUACUUACUGCCUCCUCUAAAAUAA